AACACGGCGCUAACCCCGUUGGCGGCCAAGUGCUGAGGGAGGAAAGAGCGCCGGGGUCCCCCUGCUGAGCUGUUUUCAAAAGGACUGUGAAUGCGGAGUGGCUGCUACUGAUGUUGACUAGUGUGAAGCCUCCUUUAGGCAGGAGCGCAAGACGGUUGGGUUUGAGGACUUCUUCACAGGUUCCAUCAAUGUUACUCCACGCUCAUCCAGCAGAAGGCCCACUUGCAGCAGGGGUAUUAAUGGCAGGAAACGUGGAUGUGUACAACUCUUCUGUUCAUGACUCCUGUGUUUCUUCAGGGUUUAAAACCCUCUAUGAAGAAGGAUUGUUAUUCGAUGUCACGCUAGUAAUUGAGGAUCACCAAUUCCAGGCUCACAAGGCACUAUUGGCUACACAGAGUGACUACUUUCGAAUAAUGUUCACAGCUGACAUGAGAGAGCGAGACCAGAACAAGAUUCAUCUUAAGGGACUGACUCCAACGGGUUUUAGUCAUGUGCUUCAAUUUAUGUACUAUGGCUCCAUUGAACUGAACAUGAGCACUGUCCAUGAGAUCCUGCAGGCAGCCAUGUAUGUCCAGUUGACUGAAGUGGUGAAAUUCUGCUGUUCUUUCCUAUUGUCAAAAAUCUGCUUGGAUAACUGUGCAGAAAUCAUGCGACUCUUGGAUGAUUUCAGUGUUAAUAUAGAUGGUAUCCAAGAACAGCUGGACAAGUUUCUCCUUGAGAAUUUCGUGCCACUCAUGUCCCGGGCUGACUUUCUAUCCUACUUGAGUGUUGAAAAGCUUUUGUCAUGUUUGGAAAAUGACCAAUUAAGCCGAUUUCCAGAAAUUGAGCUUUUUGAGGCUGCGCAGGCCUGGCUGCGACAUGACAGAAGCCGUUGGAGGCACACAGAUGCCAUUGUUCAGAAUGUCAGGUUUUGUCUGAUGAAUACUACAAACGUUUUGGAAAAGGUGAAACCAUCUGAAUUCUAUCGCUAUUCACGACAGCUGCGUUUUGAGGUUGAGCAGGCUUUAAGUUAUUUUCAGAAUAUUAAUCAACAGCCUCUUCUGGAGAUGAGAUCCAACCGCAUUCGCUCUGGCAAGGCACAGACUGCAGUUUUCCGAGGAAUGAUUGGACACAGCAUGGUGAAUAGCAAGAUUCUUCUGCUGCACAGGCCAAGAGUUUGGUGGGAGUUGGAAGGUCCACAAGUACCAUUGCGACCUGAUUGCCUUGCAGUAGUAAACAACUUUGUGUUUCUGUUAGGAGGGGAAGAGUUGGGCCCUGAUGGUGAAUUUCAUGCCUCUUCGAAAGUUUUCAGGUAUGAUCCUCGACAAAAUUCAUGGUUGAGAAUGUCUGAUAUGUCUGUUCCCCGAUCUGAGUUUGCUGUUGGUAUCAUUGGAAAAUAUAUCUAUGCUGUGGCAGGGAGAACGAGAGAUGAAACAUUUUACUCUACAGAACGUUAUGACAUUACACAAAACAAAUGGGAAUUUAUUGAUCCAUAUCCGGUUAAUAAAUAUGGACAUGAAGGAACAGUUCUCAACAAUAAGCUGUACAUAACUGGAGGUAUAAUGUCCUCUUCAACCUCCAAACAGGUAUGUGUAUUUGAUCCCAGCAAAGAAGGGACUGUAGAACAGCGGACAAGGAGAACGCAAGUUGUUACAACAUGUUGGGAGAACAAAGCCAAAAUGAAUUAUGCACGCUGCUUUCAUAAAAUGAUUGCGCACAAUGGGAAACUCUAUGUAUUUGGUGGUGUGUGUGUAAUUUUAAGGGCAUCUUUUGAGUCUCAAGGCUGUCCGUCUACAGAAGUUUAUAAUCCUGAUACUGAUCAAUGGACUAUCCUAGCAUCAAUGCCCAUUGGUAGAAGUGGACACGGGGUGGCAGUUGUUGAAAAGCAGAUAAUAGUCCUUGGUGGCCUUUGUUACAAUGGUCAGUACAGUGACUCCAUACUCACCUUUGAUCCAGAAGAAAAUAAAUGGAAAGAAGAUGAAUAUCCAAGGAUGCCUUGUAAGCUGGACGGCCUACAAGUCUGCAGCCUUUACUUUCCUGACUUCAUAUUGGAGCAUGUUCGGAGAUGUACAUAAGCCAAGGCAUUACACUAAUCAACUGGAUGGGAGUGUAGAUCUUUAAUGGAUUUGGGUGAGAGGGAGUUGUGCAGUAUUGAAAAGUAUUCCCAUUGAAAUACUGAUGCCCAAAGAAGAAGCUGUGUAUGUCUUUCCUGUGCAUUUCAGAGGUUUGUUUUUGUAUAAUUUGAAUUAGUUGCAGUCUUUGCUAAAAUCUGUAAAAAAAUUUACAUUUUGUUUCUACCAUUUUAAUUUAGAAACCUGAGUUGUUAAUGGUGAAGUUUAUAUUUGUAACUGUAUUUGACAAUUUGACCCUUAAUACCCUUACAACCUGAGCCUGGCAUUCUCUAUACUUGGUACAAUUUCUGUAGAGCUUACCUGAAUUUCUGUCAAUAUUUAUAAUUUUUUUACUAUUUUCCUUUUAGGUUUCUCUCUUCUUUGUAAUUUUAUCAACAACUUUAGCAUGCCACAUAAAUCUUACUUCACCUGAACUUCUAAUCAAAUUUUCCUGAUUUCUCUUUCAUGGUCCAAUCAUUUGUGCUCAGAAUUAUGCAUCCAUUGAGGAACAAAUUCUUUUGGUCGGUUACAUGAUGAAAAUAUCCCAGAGUGUAGUUAAAGUUUUAUGCAAGAGGCAGCAGACAUCACACAAGACAGAAAAACUAUUUCUUAUAGGAUCAGUGGGAGUCAAGGAUGGUGAUGGAGUAAAGGAAACAGUCUGGAAGCGAGAACAAUUCUUUAGUGAAUUAUAGAACAUAGAGUACAUAUACAACAUUACAGCACAGUACAGGCCCUUGGGCCCUCGAUGUUGUGCCGACCUGUCAUACCGAUCUCAAGCCCAUCUAACCUACACUAUUCCAUGUACGUCCAUAUGCUUAUCCAAUGACGACUUAAAUGUUGGCGAAUCUACUACCGUUGCAGGCAAAGCGUUCCAUUCCCUUACUACUCUCUGAGUAAAGAAACUACCUCUGACAUCUGUCCUAUAUCUUUCACCCCUCAAUUUAAAGCUAUGCCCCCUCGUGCUCGCUGUCACCAUCCUAGGAAAAAGGCUCUCCCUAUCCACCCUAUCUAACCCUCUGAUUAUUUUAUGUGUCUCAAUUAAGUCACCUCUCAACCUUCUUCUCUCUAAUGAAAACAGCCUCAAGUCCUUCAGCCUUUCCUCGUAAGACCUUCCCUCCAUACCAGGCAACAUCCUAGUAAAUCUCCUCUGCACCCUUUCCAAAGCUUCCACAUCCUUCUUAUAAUGCGGUGACCAGAA